AUGUACGCGUUCCUGUUGGACACGGUCCGGGCGGCCGUCCGGGACAUCAACGGCCGGCUCGUCACCGUGGCCGACUGGCGGGCGUACCGCGGCCGGUGGGACGACCUCAGGCGGGCGGCCGUCCGGCUGGCCCGCGACCUGUUCGGCGUCGCCAUCGUCGUGUUUGUCGUGCGCACGAUCGCCGAAAUCGUGUUCUUCGUGUUCUCGCUGUACCUGUCCGGCAUCAAGACGUACAAGUUCGACGCGUUGCGGAUAUCCGUUUACUCCGUCAACGCGGUGUUCAGCGUCUCCUGGAUGUUCGAGAUCAUCCGCAAGACGAAAAACUGCAAACUAGAGCUACAGAGAACACAAAAGGUCUUGAAUUCAAUCAGCAUUAACCUCAAUUCACAUGACAAACAGAUAAAAUAUGCGUAUUUAUAUAUGUUACACGCAGAUUUAAAUUUCAUGCCAUGCAAUAUUUUCGAAAUGAAUUACAGAAGUCUGAAAUCAAUUAUCACAUUAAUUGCAGCAUUCCUGAUUUUUCAAAUUCAAAUGAAAUUAACCUAA